UGAGGACGCCGCGCAAUAUGGCGGCGCCCAUGGCGAGCGCGGGGCCGGGGCCGCUGGCGGCACCGGGCGGGCGGAGCUGGGAUCGCCCGGGAAUGGCGGCCGGGCCGGGCCGGGCCAGGGCUGCCAGGGCCCGGAGCAGGACACCAGAUCCCAUCGAGGACGUGCUCGGGGAGCUCCUGGGAUCCGAUGAGGAGGCCCCGGCUCCGCCCUCCCGAGGUUCCUGCACCCCCUUCCUGCAGGAGCUGGAUCACCAGGAUCCCGUGGAUCACCGGGAUCACCUGGAUCCCAUGGAUCACCCGGAUCCCAUGGAUCACCUGGAUGAGCUGGACGAGCUGGAUGCAGAAAUCCUGGGAAUGGCCAAAGCCGGGUCCAGGCCGGGGAAAUACGGGAAGGGGCCGGGUCCCCAAAAAGCCCCGGCCACGCCCCGUCCCGAUGUCACCUUUGGGGACGACGUCGAUGACCUGAUGGAUUCCCUGGGACUCGGCAGCGGCGCCGACAGAGCCGGGAGCGCGCCGGGAACGCCAGGGAGCCAGGGGCUCCGGAAGGGCCACGCCGGGAUCCAGGAGCAGCCAGGAAAGGCGGAAUUCCAGCCGGACCCCAAGGGGCAGGAGCAGCCAGGGCCGGGCGGGGACCGGAUCCAGCCGGGUUUUCCCUUCGGAUCCUACGAGCCCUCGGUGGCCUCAGGGACAGCGCGGAGACGGGGACGGAGGUGUCCGGUUGGGAGCAGCUCCCGACGUCCCUCCGGGGCCGCCUGGCUGGGGCUGAAGGACGACGAUUUCCUGGAAUUAGGGGACGAGGAUUUCCCGGGAUUGGGACAGAAGGAUGAGGAUUUCCUGGGAUUGGGAUCAAAGAACAAGGAUCCUCUGGGACUGGGACAGAAGAACAAGGAUCCCCCAGGACUGGGAUUGAAGGACGAGGAUCCCACAGGAUUGGGAUUGAAGGAUGAGGAUUUCCCGGGAUUGGGACAGGAGGACAAGGAUCCCCUCGGACUGGGACCAAAGGACGAGAAUCCCCUGGGAUUGGGAUUGAAGGACAAGGAUUUCCCAGGAUUGGGAUCGAAGGACGAGAAUCCCUCUGGACUGGGAUCGAAGAACAAGGAUUUUCCGGGAUUGGGAUCAAAGAACAAGGAUUUUCUGGGUUUGGGAUCAAAGGACACGGAUUUCCUGGGACUGGGAUUGAAGAACAAGGAUUUCCUGGGACUGGGAUUGAAGGACACGGAUUUCCAGAGAUUGGGACAGAAGGAUGAGGAUCCCCUGGGACUGGGACCAAAGGACGAGAAUCCCCCGGGAUUGGGACAGAAGAACAAGGAUUUCCUGGGGUUGGGAUCGAAGGACAUGGAUUUCCAGAGACUGGGACAGAAGGACAAGGAUCCCCCAGGACUGGGAUCGAAAAACAAGGAUUUCCCGGGAUUGGGAUCGAAGGACACGGAUUUCCCAGGACUGGGAUCGAAGAACAAGGAUUUCCAGAAGGACGAGGAUCCCCCGGGCCCUGGUGCCCCGGGAUCCCCGCGGGACCGGGGCUGGCUCGGCGCUGCCCCGGCCCCGAAGUGGUGCCAGGCGGAGCCUCCGGAGCGGAAUUCCCACCCCCGGAGGGUCCCGGAGCCCCCCGAGCCCAGCAGGCUGGAGCUCCCCGUCGGGACACGGCCCCGUGGGCAGGUGGCAGCAGCCGUGCAGGAGAUGCCGGGUCCUGCCACACCCGCUCAGGAGGAUCCGGCGGCUCCUCCAGCCCCGCCCCACCCGGAGAAACCCCGAGCUCUCCCGUCCUGGCUCUGCCCGGAGCAUCCUGCAGCUUUCCCGGCCCAGAUGAGCCAGGAGGGUCCAGGAACUCUCCCAUCCCAGCCCCACCAGGAGGAUCUGGGAACUUUCCCAAUCCGGCCCCACCAGGAAGGUCCAGGAGCUGUGCCAUUCCAGCAGCGCCAGGAGGAUCCAGGAGCUCUCCCUUCCCAGCCCCACCAGGAUUCCCAGACUCUCCAAUCCCACCCGUGCCUGGAGCAUCCCGGCUGUGGGGUCGCCCUGCGCAGCCUCCAGGCCCGGCUGGAGGAGCUGGAAAACCAGGUGCGGACGCUGGAGCAGGAGCGGGCACGGCGGGGACCGGUCCUGCAGGACCUCCCGGAGAGCUGCCACAGAUCCCAGGAUCACCCCAGAUCCCUGGAUCACCCCACAUCCCAUGAUCACUCCAGACCCCUGGAUCACCCCAGAUCCCAGGAUCACCCCGGAUCCCAGGAGCAGCAUGAGCAGCUCACAGCGCUCCAGGCCAGGUUGUGCCGGCAGCAGCAGGACGCGGAGCGGGAGCAGAGCCGGCUCCAGGAGGCCAUGGCCGACUUGGAGGCCAGGCUGGGAGAGCAGGAGCAGCUCCUGGAGCAGGAGCGCCGCCGCGCCGCUGCCGAGCGCUGCCGGGCGGAUUCGCUGCGGGAGGCGCUGGAGGAGCAGCGGCGGCUCUCGGCACAGCUGCGGGCCAUGGACAGGGCGGAGCUGGACGAGGCCAAGGGCGCGUGGCUGGAGGAGCAGCGGGCAGAGCUGCGGGAUCGCUCCGAGGAGCGGCGGCGGCUGGCGGCCGCCUGGGCCGAGUUCCACAGCCGGGAGCGGCUGAGCCGGGAGCGGGAGGAGCAGGACAAGGAGCGCGCCCUGGCCGUGGACUCGGCGCUCAGGAGCCUGGCCAAGGAUCAGGCAGAGCUGAAGUUCCGGAGCCGGGAGCUGAGAUCCAAGGAGGAGCAGCUGGUCAGGGACAGGGAGGAGCUGGACGAGGCCUGGCGGGAGCUGAGGCUGGAGAAGGAGAAGGUUCUCCGUGCCGAGCAGCGCCUGCAGGAGCGGGAGGAGGAGAUCCGUGACCUGGCUGAGCGCGCGGCGCGGCAGCAGCAGGACGGGCAGCGGGCGCUGCGGGAGGCGCGCAGGGCGCAGGAGGAGCAGCGGCAGCGGCUGCAGCGGCUGCAGGAGCAGCGGGAGCGGCUGCGGCAGCAGGAGCAGCGCCUGCACCAGGAGCGGCGGAGCCUGGAGCAGCAGCGGGAGCAGCUCCGGGAGCUCCAGGAGGAGCUGGGCCCCGGCCUGGGAACAGGGACAGCGCUGGGGACACUGCCAGGGACACUGCCACAGACAGGGACAGCGCUGGGGACACCGCUGGCCCCUGCGGUGGCCCCGGUGGCCGCGGGGCUCCUGCCGGGCCUGGCGACGCUCCUGGCGGACAGCGGGGACCGGGCGGGCGCGGCCGCGCUCUACGGACACGUCCUGCUGCUGAAAGAGCGCGCACGCAGGGACCACGAUUUCCUGGAGAGCGAGCGGCUCUUCCUGGAGAACCUGAAAAAAGGACCCUGAGCCCCCGUCUGCAAAGAGAACAACGGCUUUUGGUAGAAAAAAAUAAAAAUAAAAGUAAAAAUAAAAAUAAUAAAUAAUAAAAAUAAAGAUAAAUUCCCUGCUGAGAACCUUCCCUCAUCUGCAAAGAGAACAGUGGGUUUUGGUAAAAAGAAAAAAAAAUUAAAAUAAAUAAAAAUUAAAAUAAAAAAUAAAACUAGAAAUAAAAAUAAA